AUGGCGCAGCCCGAAGACGUUAGCCACCGUAUCCCCACGUUCACCGAGCAGGAGAAGCUGCCCGGCACAGAUACGCUCUCCGCGACCUGGAUUGCGGUCAUUCUUCUUGAGACUGUGGAGUACCCCGAGCUCGUUGCCGAUGACUGGGCGCUGGCCCUGCAAAUCCUCCAGGGAGUAUGGCAGAACCGCCGGCUAAAGCACCCAGCUCUUUAUCACAGGCGAAUGGGUGGUGUUCUCGCUGCCAAGGGAUGUGUUCGCAUAUUCAUCGAGUCCCACAUUGGGUCCGGGACCUGUGGCCCGCCGCUGCGCUGGGAGUAUGGAGGUGUGGAUGAGUUUGGUGAGCUGCAUCUGGAUGAGAAUUGGGAAGACCUCAAUGAUGCUUUGGAAGCACUCUGCGAUAUUUAUGGGAAUGAGGCUGAGGCUGAGGCUGAGGCUGGGGGUGGAGAUUCGGCGAGUCUUACAUGGGAAGAAGGGUACUAA